UCAUGUGACAGUGAUAGUAUAGUCAGGCAAAAAGAAUGGCGUUAGUGGUUGCUCGGAAUUGUAGCCGGAGUCUCACUGAGUCUAUGAAUUAUUCUCGGUAUCGUGGGUUGGCGAAACGACCCAGUUGUCCGACUUGUAUUAUUCACUCAAAACGGUACCUGUUGUCAGAAGAUAUCAUCAGACUACGUGAAUUCCAGCAGAGGAAAGCAGCAGUUGCUUACCAGAUAUAUGGCACUAAAGACCAGUAUUUAAAAACUGUCAAUGAAAAAGUGAGCCGGAAUGAACUAAUCCUGAAAGAAGACUUAAAAAAUCUAUUACAUUUAUGCCAAACACCAGAUGACAUGGAGAUUGCUAAAAGGGUAAUUUAUAGGUAUCACACAGAAAACAAAAAUGUGGCAUAUGGAGAAUUUAAGUUCGGUCCUCUUUUUGUCAGGUUAUGUUAUGAACUAGGUCUUGAAGAAUUAGCAGCAGCACUAAUAAAGGAUCAGCCUCUCCGAGGGUUCUUUUCUGACUCUACAUCAUUUAAUAUCACAAUGGACAUGUUGUUUGUGAAAGGGCAGUAUAACAGUGCUUUAGAGAUAUUUUUGGAAAUGAAAAAUCAAGGAGUGAAACUGAGCAAGGAUACCUAUAUUCUAGUGACUGCUGUAUGUUAUAAGUUGAAUACUCCAGAAUGUCAAAGAAUCUGCAGUGCACUUCUGGAUGAGAUGCAGACAAAAGGAGAUGCCCUUCCCAGACGUGCUUAUCUCUUCGCUGUUGCUCUUGCACUCAAACAGGGUGAGAUCACUAAAGCACUGUCAGUUUACUCACGGAUUAUCAACACAGAUGGAAAAAUAUGCCAUAAUGUGUAUAUCCUUCUUCUGGCCAUGUCUGAAAAGUUGGAAGACCUUAUGGAAGUGCUGGAGACAUCUGUAGAAGCAAAUACCUCUCAAUUUGUGAAAAAGCCUGAAAUCUGCAAAGAUGUGCUUUCUGUAGUGGAGAAAAAGCUAGAAGCCCAUCCUUUGCUCCAGAAGAAGUUUGAAGCUGUGUACAACAACCUAAACGCAGCAGGACAGAUUGCUGCAGUGACCUUGGAUGACCUGUUGUGCAGGACACCUUACUCUAAGAAACACAGUUAUCUUCUACCACCUCAAAGGAAACUAAGCAGACGGACUUACAAGCCACUUCAUUCUACACUCAUGACAGAGUAGUUUUGUGUGGGGAGCAUUUUCCUUUUACAGAGUAAUAGCACUUCUUUUGUAUCAUUUUGGAAUACAGUUUGAAUUUUGUAAAAUGAACAUGAGGUUGUUUUGAGGAAUACAAAAAAAGAAAGAAAGCUCACAAGUUCAUUACCAGUUCAUAAUUUGGUUCAGUACUGACUCAUACAAGAAAAUUACACUGCAGUAUUUUGAAGCACAUUAUUUGCAAUGCCUUUCAUUUUUGUAGUAAAUUAUUUUAAGGGCAAUUCUGUCCAAAUAGACUCCAUUUCAGAAUUACAGCAAACUUUCCGUGGUAGAUCUGAUAUGAAAGGUCAAGUGUGCGUAUUAACAACCAUUUUAAACUGUGAACUGUUCUGUGGUUAAGCCCAUUAUCUAGAACAGCCAUUUUCAGUAGUUUUGCUGACACUUUAGCAUUUGCAUACAGUCAACAAGCUUAUAAGGUACUUAUCUACUUUUUUGUCCAAUAAAACAAUCAGCAUCAUUCAGUAAG